CCCAUUGGCUGCCGACGCGAUGGCGGUUUGGAGUAACUGUAGCACGUUGAGCUGAAGGGCUGUGUGGUGAUUCGUGACACAGGGCUUGGCGUCCAGCCGGGCGCUUAGUGGGAAUCCGGGGCAGGACUGGUCUGGGUACCCGGGGGGAUGGAUCGCGUGUGGAGUGCGUGGUACGGAAAGUGCGAUAAAGGGAAAGGGCCGUCAUCAUUCUGGUCCCAGAGCAUCGUGGUCGCCUGGCUCAGUAGGGCCGAGUGGGACCAGGUGAUGGUCUAUCUGUUCUGUGACGACCAUAAGUUGCAGCGCUAUGCGCUGAACCUUUUUUUUUUGUGGAGGAGCAGGUUAGGCAACGAACUCCCCCUGGCAGUGGCUUCUACCGCUGACCUGGUACGAUGUAAGCUCAUGGAUGUAACUGGUGGCUUGGGCACUGAUGAACUUAGACUGCUGUAUGGCAUGGCAUUAGUCAGGUUUGUGAAUCUUAUCUCAGAAAGGAAGACAAAAUUUGCCAAGCUUCCUCUCAAGUUCCUGGCUCAGGAGGUGAACAUUCCGGAUUGGGUUGUUGAGCUUCGCCAUGAAUUGACUCACAAGAAAAUGCCACACAUUAAUGACUGCCGCAGAGGCUGCCAUUUUGUCCUGAAUUGGCUCAGGAAGACCUACUGGUGCCGCCAGCUAGAAAGUACUCUGAGAGAGACCUGGGAGUUGGAGAAGAAGGAAGAGACAGAUGAAGAGGGCCAAGAGGAAGAUAAGAACAUUGUGGUUGAUGACAUCACAGAACAGAGGCUGGAACCUCAGAACAAAGAGAAAAGCACAGAGUUGGAUGUCAAAGCUGAUGGAGACAGCAAAGGCAGCAAAGAGAUGGAUCCUCAUCAGGAAAAGGCUGAGAGACAUAAAGAACUGUAUGAAAGAGCUCGAGAACUGCUGGUAUCUUAUGAAGAGGAGCAGUUUAAGGUGCUGGAGAAAUUUAGGCAUUUACCUCUGGCCAUUAAAGCAUGGAAUAACCUGUCCCCACGAAUAGAAAGCAUCUUGGCAGAGCUCAAGGGCAUUACAUGGGAGAACAGGGUGGCUGUGCUGGAUGCUUUCCUGGAUGAUGGCUUCCUUGUCCCUACAUUUGAACAACUGGCAGCUUUGCAGAUAGAAUAUGAAGAUGGUCAGACUGAGGUCCAGAGAGGAGAAAGUACUGACCCAAAGUCACACAAAAACGUGGACUUCCGUGACAUCCUGGUGCCAAAGCCAUUCUCUCAGUUCUGGCAGCCCCUGCUCAGGGACCUGCACUCCCAGACCUUCACGCAGGCCCUACUGGAGAGGAUGUUCUCCGAGCUGCCAGCCUUGGGAGACAGUGGGAUCCGACCCACCUACAUCCUCAGAUGGACUGUUGAACUGAUCGUGGCCAACACCAAGACUGGACGAAAUGCUCGCCGAUUUUCUGCAAGCCAGUGGGAAGCAAGAAAGAGCUGGAGGCUAUUCACCUGCUCCGCCUCCCUAGACUGGCCCCGGGUGAUUGAGUCCUGCUUGGGAUCACCUUGCUGGGCUAGCCCCCAACUCCUUCAGCUCAUCUUCAAAGCCAUGGGGCAGAUCCUGCCAGAUGAGGAGCAGGAGCAGCUGCUGCGCAUCUGUUCCAUUUAUACCCAGAGUGGAGACAACAGCCUGAUGGAGGAGGAUGCAGAGGCCUCCCCCAUUGGGAAGUCUCCAUACACGCUGGACAGCCUGUAUUGGAGACUCAAACCAGAUGAUGGCAGCCUUGAAGCUGAAGAAAAAGCCCAGCAAUUAGAGGAACAGGGCAGCCUUAAUGAUGCCAAGAAAGAAGAGGAGGAGAAGGAAAUCUUGCAAGCCCAGAUGGAGGAGGAGGAAGAUGAAGUUGAUGAUCUGGAGGAGGAAGAGCACGAAGAAGAUGAUGAGGAGGAUGAAGAUGAAGAUGAUGAUGAAGAUGACGAAGAAGACAGAAUGGAGGUGGGGCCAUUCUCUACAGAGCAAGAGUCCCCUACUGCUGAGAGUGCCAGGAUCUUAGCCCAGAAAAGAGGAGCUUUGCAGGGCUCUGCAUGGCGAGUUAGCUCAGAAGACAUGCGAUGGGACACAUUCCCCUUAGGCCGAAUGCCAGGUCAAACUGAGGACCCAUCAGAACUUAUGCUGGAGAAUUAUGACACCAUGUAUCUUUUUGACCAACCUGUGCUAGAGCAGCGGCUGGAACCCCCAACAUGCAAGACUGGCGUUCUGGGCUUGAACUGUGGUGUCAACAAUGGUAAUAACACCAGCAGCAGCAGCAGCAGCAGCAGCAGCAGCAGCAACUUUGAGGGCCUUCUCUGGAACCAGGGUCAGCUGCAUGGGCUCAAAAAUGGCCUGCAGCUCUUCUGAUGCCUGCCCUGCCAUGGCAGUAGCCCACCGUACCACCUAGUGCAUCUGAUGCUCCAUGAGACACUUGGUAGAUAUCCCAGAUGAGCACCUCAAUUAGCUUUCUACUACAGCGGAAUUUUGAAUGUGUUUUGGUGUCUUUUUGUUUUGUUUUGAAAAACAAUAAAGAGA